AUGUUAUCGGAUGUGUCACGGCUGUGCCAGAUCAGCAUGCAGGGCGACGACCCGGCCUGCAUCGAAUUGUUUGAUGACACGAAACCCGUGUGCAGAUUGUGUUACCUCGAAGAUAUCGGGUGCGGGUCCCCUGAGAUGUCAAUGGAGGUGGACAUAGAUAUGGACGUCGAACUGCCCCUAGGCAGCUCUGCAAACCAGUCUAUUGCGAUGCCACGUUCCAGCGAUCCUGACUGUAACCUCAUCCUGGGUGACGGUUGUUCUUCGGGGGCUUGCUGUAGCACCGCAGAGGCUAGUACCGAGAGCAGCACGGCCAGCAGCGGAGACACCAAUGCCUCAAGCAACGAUAGCUCCAAAGGAAGCAACGUCCGCGCCUUGCGGCAGAAGUUCUGCUGCCCCCCAUUAGAAGUGGAGGAGGACAAGAAAUGUCCGCACAAAUGUGAUAUCCAUUGCUGCAAAAACUGCGGUCGUCCGCCUUACGCCAAUGUUCUCCCUGAAGACCGUAGAUAUGCGGUUAUUAUUGUGAAUGAAGAAGACCCAUGUGACUGUGACUUCAAGUGCAUUUUGAUUUUCUUAGCGGAACAGUUCCAGUUCUCGGAAGAUCCAAAUGCCUUGAAUUUUAGCAAAUGUGUCCCUGCCGAUGUGUUCGACUGUACCCUUAUGAUUGUUUGUGAAGGUGCAGACACCCAAGAAUGGAUCGUACAUGCUACCAGGCCCAUGUGCCCCCCCUAUAAGUGCCAAUCGUUUUUAAGACAUUAUGAGUUGAUAAGGUGCACAUUUGUACUUCCUUUGAUAGUGAAUCGGGAACUGUGUCGCAUUUUCAGAGUUAUUGAAAAACAGAAUUGUGGCCUGGACACCAGCAAGUGGUGCGUCAUGUCCCAGGUGACAUUGGAUCCCUGUUCGAAGGAGUAUGACAGAAAGGUUGUCUAUAGGGGCUGUCAGAACGACGAGCUCACAGUCUACAUUGAUGACGAAAGCGUCGCUUUCCUCGCAAAGCAAUGCAACAAGCUGAAGUACAUGUUGUGGCACCUUCCUGUCGACUUCUGCCCCUUAGCGGAUUGCCAGUAG